CUCUCUCUCUCUCUCUCUCUCUACCUCUCUACCUCCAUUCGAAAUGGAAGUAGAAGUGAAUCUUUGUCUCGCAAACGAAGAAUCCCAUCACCAUGUCAUCACCUUGCGUUUUCCCUUCCACGUCGUAACCCAUCGCCAAUACAACCUCUUCUAUAACGGCGCCGCAUCUGAACUCUCUUCUUGCCACGUUAUUCUUCAUCUUUGAUUCUACAGUAACAAGGAAUAAUGUGUUGUUUCGCUCAAAGCAAAGGCGAUUCUUGUCGACGGUCUGAGUCGCGUUAAAAAAGAUGAAGAUGAUUUAGAUUCGAAGGUUGGUCGCGAUUGUGUUGCUGAACCUGGGAAGCUGGGUUUAUUGGAGUCGAGGAUUCUAAAAAGGGUGAAGGAGGAAUUUGGGGUGGUGGGUGGGAAUGGGUUUUUAGGGUUGGGAGAUUUUCGAAACUUGAAGAAUGUUUAUAAUUUGAAAGGUUUGAAAUUGGAAGUGGAUGAGACUGAUUUUGAUUUUGGAACUUUCUAUGAGAUUGAGUUUGAGAGUGAUGAUCCUAAAGAAGCUAAACGCAUUCUCGAGGAAUUCUUGUGA